GUAAGACACUAGCAAACAGCGUCGAGGGCCUAAAACACGGCUGAGAGGCAGCAAUGAUGCACCAGAGAUGGGGCGUGGCACUCCUUCUUACCCAGGCUGCCGCGCUGCAAGCUUUUUUCGCGCCCAAAAGUAGCACUCCAAAGCAGCAGCUCCUCGACCUGUGCACUGGCAGCAAUUACGGCGCCAACCCGAUCGACAGGGAUCGUUUGGAUGGCUUGAUAGAUCAGCUCGCAUCAAUUAAUCCCACGCCGCGGCCGGCAGAGUCGCCCAAAUUCUCGGGCAACUGGAAACUGCUCUGGACGACCGAGAGCGAGCUGCUGUUUGCGGUCGAGAAGGGGCUCUUCGCGGCCGGGCCGUGUACUGGCGUCGAGCAGACCAUCGACGUCGCGAAUGGCCGGCUCGAAAACUUAGUGCUCUUCGACAACGACAGCAGGCUCUUCGUCGGCUCCACGAUCGAGCCCGACGCGGCCGACGCGAGCGGCGCGCGCUUCAACUUCGCCUUCUCGAGCUGUUCGCUGCGGUGGCGGGGUUACGAUAUACCGCUCCCGCCCGUGGGCAAGGGCUGGGGCGACCUGCUCUACCUCGACGACGACCUGCGCGUGCAGCGCGACGUGCGAGGGGAUCUGCUCAUAGCAACUAAACGUUAACAUACAAC